GAAAAUUUUACUUUAUAAGGUUGAAAUCAUGCUUAAAUACUCAUUAACUCUACAAUGUUUUAACAUUUAAGUAGUAUGUUCAGAUUAAUGAUUGGAAUUAUUCAAUUUUUUAUCAUUAUACAAAUAGCAUAUAGUAAACUACAUACAAAUCAAUGGUUGAUUCGUUUAAAACAAACUGGAGAUAAUAGGGAUGAAUUGAAGCAUUCAGCAAAUGAAAUAGCUAAAGAACUUGGUUUUAUGACAUUGAAUAAUCAUAAUUAUGGAGAACCAAAUGAAUUUGUAUUCACACAUUUAGGUCUACCAUAUGUACGUGGUACACCAAGUUAUCUGUAUAGUCAACGUUUAAAUAAACAUCCUAAAAUUGAUAGUGCUAUACAAAUUGAAGGAUUUGUACGUAGAAAACGUGGUUUUCGUCCAUUAUCUGAUGAUAGUUUAAGUAGAAUUAAUCUUUCUAAAGGAAGGAUACUUUCAAAGAAAGAAGAAGAGUUAAGUGAAUUGAGAAGUAGAACAGAUCCAUUAUUUGUUAAAGAAUGGUAUUUACAUAAUAUAGGACAAGCUGAUGGUGUACCAGGAUUAGAUUUGAAUGUAUUGUCGGCUUGGUCACAAAAUAUCACUGGACGUGGAGUAAUCACAGCUAUUAUGGAUGAUGGUGUGGAUUAUUUACAUCCUGAUAUAGCAGAAAAUUAUGCUGUAGAAGCAAGUUAUGAUUUUUCAAGCAAUGAUGCUUUCCCAUAUCCUCGUUAUACAGAUGAUUGGUUUAAUAGUCAUGGUACACGUUGUGCUGGAGAGGUUGCUGCUAUCGCUGGCAAUGGUAUUUGUGGAGUCGGUGUAGCACCGGGUUCUAGAGUCGCUGGACUACGUAUGUUAGAUCAACCCUAUAUGACUGAUUUAAUUGAAGCGGCUGCAAUGGCAUAUGCACGUGAUCUAAUCGAUAUUUAUUCAGCUAGUUGGGGGCCUACAGAUGAUGGUACAACUGUUGAUGGCCCACGUAAUCAAACUAUGCGAGCUUUAGUUGAUGGUGUGAAUAAUGGUCGUAAAGGUAAAGGAAGUCUAUAUGUUUGGGCAUCAGGAGAUGGUGGAGAGAAUGAUGACUGUAAUUGUGAUGGUUAUGCAGCUAGUAUGUGGACAAUUAGCAUUAAUUCUGUAACCAAUGAUGGUCAUACAGCUGUUUAUGAUGAAUCAUGUGCUUCAACACUUGCAUCAACAUUUUCAAAUGGUAAAAGUCCUUUCUUACAUGAUGCUGGAGUUGGAACUAUUGAUUUAUAUGGAAAUUGUACACUACAUCAUUCAGGCACAUCAGCUGCAGCACCAGAAGCUGCAGGUGUAUUUGCUUUAGCCUUAGAAGCUCAACCAGAUCUCACUUGGAGAGAUGUACAACAUUUAACUGUGCUUACAUCAAAACGUAAUCAUCUAUACGAUAGACAACAUAAUCAUAAUUGGACAAUUAAUGGUGCUGGCUUAGAAUUUAAUCAUUUAUUCGGUUUUGGUGUAUUAGACGCUGGUGAUAUGGUACAUUUAGCAAAGAAUUGGAAAACUGUACCUGAACGCUUUCAUUGUAUUGCUGGAACUUAUAAUGGACGUAAAUUGGCACGUCUUGGUCAACCUAUUCGUUUAGAAUUGGACACUGAUGCUUGUAUGGGAAGGACAAUAAAUCAAGUUAAUUAUCUUGAACAUGUUCAAGCAUUUGUAACCAUCAAAGCAACACGACGUGGUGAUGUCACUAUAUUUCUCACCUCACCAAUGAAUACAACUUCAAUGUUAUUAAGACGUCGUCCAAAAGAUAUUGAUAAUACACGUGGCUUUACUAAAUGGCCAUUUAUGACUACGCAUAUGUGGAGUGAAAAUCCACGUGGUAAAUGGUCACUUAUCAUUGGAUUAGAUCCAAAUUCUAAAGAUCCACUCGGUUAUGCUUUACUAACUGAAUGGAUUCUUGUUGUUCAUGGUACACAAGAUCCACCAUAUGAUCAACUUUCAGAUUCUAUAAUAAGUAUUGCUCCAAAAUUAGGUAUCGUGAAAAAACAGCAUGCAACAAAAAGAUUUAAAGCUUGAUAGUAUCUAUUUACAAAAUGGUGGUUUUUUCAGUCUUUUUCUCCUUCUCUCUCUCUCUCUCUCUCUCUCUCUGUCCCUCUCUCUCACACACACGUACUCUCCCUUUCUAUCUCUUAAUGUUAUAUAAAUGUUGUCCAAUAAGAAAUGAUUUAUCACUUUCACUGCAUUUUUCUGUUUUCUGAGAGGACAAUAUAUCUGUGUUCAAUGUUCAAUGAACCGCGGUUACCGCAAAAAGCACCUUUGUUCAAUGUUUCAAUGUGUGUGUGUUGUAAUCUUUAUCAUUGUAAAUGUUGUCGAAAUAAAUUAAAGUGAGACACUUUUUCAAAUGAGUGAGAAACACGCUAUGUAAUCACAUAUACACACUUACAAAUUUAUGCCUUUCAUCAACCUACUCACACCCAUGCGUUUUAUGUGAUAAUUAGAUUCUCUCAUAUGACAUCCACACAUAUAUAUCUGUGUAUGUGUGUGUGUAUGUGUAGGAGUAUGGAUCCCUUUCCAUAUUGAAACAUUUAUCUUACAAGAAUACAUAUUCAUUCAUAUAUUUUUGAAUCCAAUUUGUUUUUCAAGCAGUAAUUGUUAUUUUUUAGCUCAUUGUCACACUUACUAUUCGUCAGUCAUCAUUGUGAUCUAACAAACUAGAAAAGACAACACAAAACAGCGAAUCAGAAGAGUCUUCUUGUUCACCUCAUAAACAAACAAAGGAGAAAAAAAAAAGAAAUUUAUUUUCCAUUCAUCUUACUUAUGUCGAUGUAGUGAUUGUGUCAAAAUGUAUCACUUGUUCGUUUGUUUGAAUAAAGCAUUUUGGAUGUG